UACUCUAUCUCUGGCGUAAGGAUCACAAGAUUACAUAAACCCUUUCCUUGGAGAUUCCUUUUCCUUUUCAUUAUUUCAGUAGUAGUGUGAUGGAACGAGCCGGAAGGGCGCGAUGGUGGGCUGGAGGGGUAGUAUUGGCAUUAUGCUGCUGCUGCUGCUGGAGCUUCGCAGACGCGGCAGGCAGGAGGCAUGCCACGUCACUCGCCCCUCCAAUGGUGAAACGAAGCAUUAAUGGUGGUGACAACGCCGGCAGCGGGAAUAAUGCCAAAGGCCGUUACCAGGUUUUCAUCGGCGGUUACGCUGGCGGCGGUGGUGCUGGAUUCCCCGGCUACUCUGGUGGCGGUGGUGGAUACGGUGGGCCCGACGUUGGAGACGGUUACGGCGGCGGCAGCGGUAGUACUGGAGUUGGACAAGGUGGGGCGCCUCGUGGUGCUGGUUCUGGAGGUGGGUUCGGCUUUGGGUCUGGGACUGGAUCUGGAUCAGGAGCUGGGCCGUACGAUGACGGAAGUGGCGGGCUGGGAUUUGGGUUUGGGCCUGGUAUGGGGUCGGGGUCCGGAUACGGGUAUAGUGAGAGUGGGCCGAGCGGACGUCAUGGAGGGGAGGGUGGGGGCAGCAGAAGGCCAUAAUUAGAUUCCAGAGUAGGCCCAAGUACUGCCUAUCUUUUUGUUUGGGGAAUAAAGGGAAAUAUAGUUUCUCAUUGUGAUAAUGAUAGAAUGUGUCCCAUUUAGGUCUCAAGUUAUGAGUUUAUCCCUCUGCUUUCUUCCUUUCUGGUUUUUUUUUUCCUCUUUAUUUUAAGUUGCUUAAGCCAAGUGUGUGGUUUACUUCUUCUUCCCUUUUAUUAAGUUGUAAUAAGAAAGAGUUUUCCCUCUGCAUGGUGAUAUGAACUUUUUGUGGUGCCGGUGCAGAUUAAGAGAUUCGAAUACGAGAUUCCAAAUUUAAAACUAAUGUUAUAACCACUGGACCAAGCCUCCUCCUAAUCUCUUGGAUGAGGAGCAGGAUUAACAAAUACAGAAAAGGGUUUCAUGGAUGAGCCAGAGUUGGUUGAAGGAUGCUGCAAUAACUGAAUCCCCAUCACUGCUCGGCCAGGCUUCAUUGAAUAUCACAAACUGACAAACCUAAGCAAGCAAGCAAGCUUCCUUCCUCAAAAGAAAAGCUUUAAUGGCGACGACAACAACAUUCGGCUACGUUUGCUUGCUCUUAAUGUUGUACCUGUAAGAUCCGCACCAACUCCACCCACAACAGAACUAAAUGCUCUAUGGUUGGCUUUUUCCUUAUAUCCAUCUCCGUUGUUUUCAGUGAUAUAUACAUAAAUUAAGAUUAUCCAUCUUU